AUGCGACUUUGCGUCGUAAAAGGUGAUGGGCCUGCACUGUUCGGAAGGGACUGGCUGAGUCACAUCAGACUGGACUGGGACACACUUUUUAACAUGAACUCUGUGACAACGGAAGGCCUGAAGCCAAAAAUAGAGAAAGAACUGGACAGUCUCGAGAGUCAAGGAAUCAUCUCGAAAGUGGACACCAGUGAAUGGGCGACACCGAUCGUUCCUGUCGUAAAAGGAAACGGCGAUGUGAGAAUAUGCGGUGAUUUUAAGGUUACCGUAAAUCAAUCAAUCAAGGUUGAUAGAUAUCCUCUCCCAAGAAUCGAGGACAUUUUCGCCAAUCUGUCAAAUGGUCGAAAAUACAGCAAGCUUGAUAUAAGACAAGCGUACCUACAACUAGAAUGCGAGGACGAAACCAAGGAGUUGCUAACGAUCAACACCCACAGAGGAUUGUACCGUUUCAACCGGAUGCUAUAUGGGGUUUCUUCUGCUCCAGCUAUAUGGCAACGCACAAUGGACCAAAUUCUUCAAGGAAUCCCUGGGAUGCAGUGCAUGCUGGAUGAUAUGGUGAUUACUGGUGAAAGUGAUAUUGAAUACACCACCUCCAUGUGA